AUGGAUUGUGGAGGAUUCACUGGAGGUGAAGAGGUACUCAUGUCUUCGGAUCUCCGUCAUGACUCAUGCCAUGGACAAGAAGUGGAUGAAGUUAAUGACUUGAACAAAGAUAGUGAACUGUACACGUUAGUCGUCGAGGAUUCUCUUGAAUGUAACGAGCGACGACACCUUACGUUCGACUUGAACCAGCCACUUGAGGAGGAUAAUGUAAACUCACCAAUGAUGAGCAAAGUUGAAGCAUCAGGAAGCACGUCAAAGGAUUGCAACUUCGAUCUAAAUAAAUUUUCGAAUGAUGAAUGCAAAGGGGAUAGCAAGAAGGAGAAAGAGCGUGAUGCGGGUUUUUGUCUCUCAGUUCAUGAUGUCUUUCUGUUCAAAUUUCCAAAAGAUGUACUCAGCAUUUCACCUAUUUGCUCGGUCAAACAUCACCAGCUGAAAACACGCAGAAAGAAAGCAGAGAAAGGCAGACGAAAGAGACAGAAGAAAGAAAGAUCAGAGCACGCAGAGGCAGAAAGGCAGGACGAAAACACAGAGCAGAGAAAAGGGCAGGGUGCCAGUCAUGCAGAACAAGCCAAAGAUGAGAGAGCUUUCGGCACACACAAGAAAAGGCAGAGAAGAGAGGGAAACAUGGCAAAGACGCACACACACGGCGACGCAGCGGAAGAAGGGAAAAAAGGUAAAAGAAGGAGAUGCACGCGAUCAAGAAAAGAGGACAGGGACGACGAUCUGAAACAAAAAAGGUGUAGCGUUAAAGGACAGGGUUCGAGUAAAUACAGUUUGCAGGCACCUCAUCAUAAAGAUGGUAGUGAUGAACAACUUGGGAAGAGCAGUACAGAUGAAGAGAACAAGAAAAAAAGAAAGAAAGAGGAGGGAAGUUAAAGCCAUGAGGUUUGAAAUGGCGGGGGAGAAAAGAGGGUUUUAACUGCAUCCGUGGUGUUGCAUUUACCUAUAAGAUUUACUUGUAUCAAAAGUUUAGUGUUGGAUCUUAUAAUAUUUUAUAAAUGAGAAAGUUAUUUAUAAA